AUGCAUAACAGAAACAAAACUAGCAAGUCUUAAAUGCAACCUUUAAUUUAAAUGACUAUUGAUCUAGGAAAUAAUAAAUAUGAUAGGAUUGCUCUUUAUAGAGAUACUGAUCCAUAUUUAGAAGCCAAACAAUUUGUUUAAAGAAAUCAUCUUGCCUAAUAAAUGGUUUAAGUCAUUUCUAAUAGUAUUAUUAAAUAAAUGAAAGCCUAUGAUGAAAUUAUGAUGAUAACGUAUGUAAUUUAAUCAAUAAUUAAAGGACACUCAAACAGAAACUAAUUAUUUGCGUAAUUUAAAAUCAAAUCAUGAUGAAUUAUAAGCUAAACAAAAAACUCCAAGUCCAAAAAGAUUUAAUCCAAGUCCCAAAUAGAUACAUAAAUAAAAUCUAUCAAGAAGUCCAUCUAAUAUCUCUUUACAUGAUGAAUUACCUACAGAUAAAGUUGUAGUGAAGAAACUAUUCUAAAUUUUAGAUUCUGAUUAAGAUGGAUUAAUAUCAGCCAAUAAAGUGAAUUAUAAUAAAUUACCAAUCUAGUUAAAGAAUAGAGUACGUAAUCAAUAUAAUAUAGAUUACUAUUCAUUUGGAAUAAUCCUUAAUCCCAUUUGAAUUUGAAGAAUUAUAUGAAAAAUUGAAAAAUGAUCCAUAAGAGGAAUAUUUUAUAACUUUAAAAUUGAUAAGUUAAAUUUUAGAUAUUCCAAAGAUUAAAGUACUAAUAUGA